AAAGAAUCGACUCAUUCACGAACGGCGCAUUACUACUAUCUCGGAAGGUUGAAGGUCGGAGAACCAGAACACAGAAGACACCGGCGUAACGUUGCUUUAAAGCUUUAAAUAUUGGUUGUAAAUAUUUAUAAUAUUUAAAAUGCCUAGAGGAAGCCGCAGCCGAACUUCGAGGAUGGCUCCUCCAAGCUAUUCAUCCCGCCCGGCACCACCUCCACCGGUGGCCAGAGUAGCACCUCCACCCGCUCCUGCACGUGCCCCUGCAACUGCUGUGACUGCACCUUCUGCAGCUGCCCCCAGACAGCCAGGUAUGUUUGCCCAGAUGGCCAGUACUGCAGCGGGUGUUGCGGUCGGCUCCGCCGUGGGUCACACGAUCGGCCAUGCCAUGACAGGCGGCUUCAGCGGUGGCGGAAGCUCAGAGGCUGCCAGGCCUGAUGUCACCUAUCAGGAGCCUUAUCAGCCUCAGACCAUGUACCAGCAGCAGCCCAUGUAUCAGCAGGAGCCAGUGCAGCAGAAUCCCUGCACCUAUGAGCUGAAACAGUUCCUCGAAUGUGCGCAGACACAGAGUGACCUCAAACUGUGUGAAGGGUUCAGUGAGGUGCUCAAACAAUGCAAAUUCUCUAACGGUUUGCCCUGAGACUGGAAUGGAGACAUCGAUUAGGACUAUUCUUAAUUUGCAUGCAUAUAUAACAGAGUGAACUUUAGAAGUUAUAUGCAUUUCUUAGGAUGAGGCACUGUGUAAUUGAUCAAAACUUUUUUUUGAUUUUUAUAUAUAUAUAUAUAUAUAUAUAUAUAUAUAUUGGUUAACUUGCUAUGAAUUUCAGAAUUGCAUAUUGUAUGUAGUUUCGGAAGAUAACCGUACAUGUGACUGAACAAAAAUACAAUAAACCUUAAAACCACUGUU